AUGCAUGUUUUUUUUUUUACUUACUUUUCGUAUUUAUGACUUAGAUUACUUUCUAAUCUCACGAAAGAUGAUUGCAAACAUUUUAUUGGACAUUUAUUUAUCCAUGAUUUAUUACAUUGUCAUCCACACACGUUGUCAUGUUUCAUUGCGGCGGCGGCAGACAAACAAGGACAAGGGGUGGGGGUGAAGGGUGCUUGAGCAAGUUAGCGCAGUGGCGCGGAGAGCGUGGGGGUGGGGGGUUCCGCUCAAAUCACGCGGCGCGUGCUGCGGGAAGCAGAAGAGGACGGAAAGCGGAGCCAAACGUAAGGGGAAGUCAGGGAGUGAAGGCUCGUGAGGGAAAGUGGGGAAAGAAGACGAAGAGGAGGAGCGAGGAGUUGAUGGAUUGGAGUAUUUUUAGAAGGCGAGCCAAGGAUUCGCGAGGACAAAUUCGUCUGCUGUGUUGUUGUGGUUGCUUCGCUCCCGGACGCCAGACUUUCGUGACUUUGCCAAGCUCCUUUCCGUCCAAGCGAGGAGCGGCACGUGGAAGUCACGGAAGUGAGACCGCUUGAGCGGACGCGGACUGCCAAUCAGCUUCCGUGAGUCCAGUCACUGUUGCCGAAAGCCGUAGACGAAAGAACGUGAACGAAGCCGUUCUCCGCUCUCCUUGAUUUCAUUACCUUCUCAUCUCACGUUUGUCACCCCCCACCCCCGACUGGUUUGUAUUCUGUCCUGCCUCCUCCUCCUUUGGCGUCGUCUCUCGCGCACUGUCACACAAGCUGCAGCGGCGGACGCUCUUCAAUUUCUUUCCGCUGAGUCGGCAGCGUCAGAAGGGACCCACAGGUCCGCUCGGUGAACCGGCGCAGCGGUACCUCAAGGGGGAGUGUCCGUCCCUGACCAGCCAACGGGGCGUUCAUCCGGGUGUGGAUUUACCGUUUACCCUGGAGCUACAUGUGGGCCGCAGCCCCGCAAGCCGGGCUGGGAAAUGACGCCGUCCCCGCGGUUGUAGGAGCCCUGUGGGCGGCGGUCAUGGCCCGAGAGGGGCGCCGUCAUCGGUCCCCGGCGGCAACUCGGCGGCGCGGGACAACCCGGGCGCUCACUUUUGCUCUGCUCUCACGAACGCGCCUCCACGGCCUGAGGCAAGUGUGUGUCCCCCGCGGCUCCCUGGGUCGAAGAGUCUUCUGGCUCCUGGCGCUGUGCACGUGCCUGGGCCUGCUUCUGUCCUGGUCCUCCAACAGGCUGCUCCACUGGAUGUCCUUCCCCACCUACACUCGGGUCCACACCGAGUGGGCCAAGGAGCUGGCCUUCCCCGUGGUCACCAUCUGCAACAACAACCCCAUCCGCCUCUACAAGCUCACCAAGAGCGACCUGUACUUUGCCGGACACUGGCUGGGCCUGCUGCUGGCCAACCGUACCGUCCGGCCCCUGGUCCUGGACCUGCUGCAGGAGGACCGCGUAGGCUGGUUUGGCAAGCUAUCCGACUUCAGGCUCUUCCUGCCGCCCCGAAACUUUGAGGGCACCAACUUGGAAUUCAUGAACCGGCUGAGCCACCAGCUAGAUGACAUGCUGCUCUCCUGCAAGUACAGAGGGGAACCUUGUGGGGCUCACAACUUCUCAUCUGUGUUCACUCGGUACGGCAAGUGUUACAUGUUCAACGCCGCCGAGGAGGGCAAGUCUCUGCGCACCACCAUGAAAGGCGGCACGGGGAACGGGCUGGAGAUCAUGUUGGACAUUCAGCAAGACGAAUACCUGCCGGUGUGGGGCGACACAGAGGAUACGGCAUUCGAAGCGGGGGUCCGAGUCCAGAUCCACAGUCAGGCCGAGCCCCCCUUUGUGCAUGAGCUGGGCUUCGGCGUCGCGCCCGGCUUCCAGACCUUCGUGGCCACGCAGGAACAGAGGCUCACCUUCCUGCCUCCGCCCUGGGGCGAGUGCGAGUCGAAGACGCUGGAGUCGGGCUUCUUCCCGGUGUACAGCGUGACCGCCUGCCGGAUCGACUGUGAGACACGCUACAUUGUGGAGAACUGCAACUGCAGGAUGGUGCACAUGCCCGGUGACGCCUCCUACUGCACACCCGAGCAGUACAAAGACUGCGCUGAGCCCGCCCUCGCCAAGCUGUCUGCGACGGAGAGCAGCAACUGCAUGUGCCGCACUCCGUGCAAUGUGACGCGCUACAACAAAGAGCUUUCCAUGGUCAAGAUACCCAGCAAGACUUCGGCGCGCUACCUGCAGAAGAAGUUCAACAAGUCGGAGAAGUACAUCGCAGAUAACAUUUUGGUGUUGGACGUGUUCUUCGAGGCUCUCAACUACGAGACCAUCGAGCAGAAGAAAGCUUACGAGGUGGCGGGCCUGCUGGGUGACAUUGGCGGCCAGAUGGGGCUCUUCAUCGGGGCCAGCAUCCUCACCAUCCUGGAGCUUUUUGACUACGCCUACGAGGUGGUACGAGACAGACUAUUGGACCUCCUGAGUCGAGAGGACGAGGAGGAGGGUCGCCGAGGGGCUGUGACUUCCUGUGAUCCGGUGGCCAACCACUCGGAGUCCAUGGGCAACAGCGUGGCCGUGCCCCUGCAGGCCACGCUGGGCACUUUGGAGGAGAUCGCCUGCUGAGGCCCCUUCGCCUCGCCCCAAUCAUCCCUCCCCCCUCCUCCCCCUCCACCCAUUGUCAGGACAGCCAAUCACGAGGCGCUAAAAAGUGUCUUAAGCCUCAGCGGUGCCAAAUGAGGUCGGACGGGCUGGCCAAGUGUGGAGAGACACACCUGAGUAGCAUCCAUUGGUGGCUCAGUGCAAAAAAAGCAAAAACAAAACAAACAAAAAAAAAGACUUGGGAGCCACCAAAGCGCAUGUGUCACUCAUAAUGUGCCCACGUGAUGAAUGUGCAGCGUCAACCCUGGAUUCCCGUUUCAGCUUUAAAUGGGGUGACUGAUCACUCAUUUUUGUUGGACAAAGGAAAGAGAAAAUCGGCCAAUCAAGACCGCAAAGAAACAUUUUUGUUGCACUUUUAAUAUUGGAUCAUUCCACUCAAGGGCGUGUUCACACUAGGCCAUGCCAGACGUGCCAAAAUACUGCAACUUUCUGACUUAGUUGAUUAUUUCUUGUCAUUAUUUUGAUUUCU